ACAAGUCCGGGAGUCGAAACCAAACUCCGCGCAGUUUUCCCCCUCGCAGCGCCUCGCUCUCUCCGUGCUCGUGUCGGGAUGCCUCUCCGUUUGGAGGAAGUCUCAGCGCCUCGGCUCUAGCCGUCCCAUCCCGCAGGUCGGGUUUCUCUGCUGGACCUAUGAGUGUGCGCCGUUUUAUUAAUAUCAUCUCCGCACGCACGGCGGUGGGACAUCCGGCAUGGGGAAUCCGUAGUCGGAGGAGGAGGAGGAGACCACGGUGGGUGCUGGUUUGAGAGCGAGAGCGCACCGACGCACGCGCCCGCUUGGCCUGCGCGCGAGAUGGACUUCAAGAAGACAAAAUUUGGGAGGUACAUGAACUGCAGGGUGCCGGCCAAUAAGAGAUACCAGCCCACUGAGUACGAACAUGCAGCCAACUGUGCAACACACGCGCUCUGGAUUCUUCCCAGCAUGCUGGGUGGGUCUGUGCUUUACUUCCUGUCUGGGGACAAAUGGCACCGAGUCGCUGCCUUGCUCUAUGGGAGUGGUCUCACCGGCCUCUUCCUCACCUCGACGCUCUUCCACACCGCUGCCUGGAAGAUCAGCCAUCUCCGGAAGGUGGAGGAACGUUUCCACAUGUGUGACCGGAUGGCCAUCUACUUCUUCAUCGCCGCCUCCUAUUCUCCCUGGUUGAUGCUGAGGGAGCUGGGACCUUGGACGUACCACAUGCGCUGGCUGAUUUGGGUCAUGGCCUGCAUAGGGUCCAUGUACGUCUUUUUUUUCCACGAGAGGUACAAACUGGUAGAGCUGCUGGGCUACGUGACGAUGGGGGCUGUUCCUGCUUUGGUCAUUCUGUCCAUGGUGGACCACGGCGGCGUGCGUGAGCUGGCUCUGGGGGGCGUCUUCUACGCGGUGGGCGUGGUCUUCUUUAAGAGCGACGGACUCAUCCCGUUCGCCCACGCCAUCUGGCAUCUUUUCGUGGCGGUCGGAGCGGGCAUUCAUUAUUACGCCAUCUGGAGGUACCUGUACGUCGUGGGACCCCAGCUGCAGAUCUCGAGGUGACGGGCUGCUUCCGCCCGACAUUAUGGACUCUAAAUGCUGAAAGCUACUGAUUGGAAACGCCCUAGACGCCUACUAAGAGGUCGCACUUAAAUGGACCACAGUGGUUCUUCUUCGUGACAUCAAGGUUGGUGACACAUGCCGGGUUGAUGCUGACGAAAGACCAUUUUAGGGACCAAACACCUAAUCAAAGCCAGUAAAGUAUGAUAAAUGUACAACAUCUAUCUUUAAGGGACCUUACACCGAUAAAUAAUUGUAAUCCUGCUGUUAAAGCCCUAAUUAAGCACAUUGU